UCACGCUGCAGGCAAAGCAAAGCGGGAGGUGCCAUUUCAGUAGCCCUUUCACAUUUCCACUUGGACGGAGACAAUGGAAUAAAAGAAAUUCAGUGGAAAAGUUCGCACUGGUAUUCUUUGAACUUGGGUCAUGACGCAUGUACGAGGGACCAGACGAGCCAAGGGGAAAGGUGGAUUAUUAUGUUACGCGCAUGGCUUGGGCAGUAACGACUAGCUCAGUUUAGCAUGGCAGAUUAACAAGUCCAUCCCGUCAUUUGGCGGAUUCUACGCUCAUGCAGGUUUCCACAGUUUCGCUAUAAAUGUGGGGUAUGUAUAUAAUGGCAGCAAUUGCUGAUAACGCAGGUACUUAGCUGGAUAAUAGGCUUAACUGCUGCUUCGAAAUCUACAGGACAUGAAAGUCGCAGUGCCUCAUACACAUUGCACAUUUACGGGUGAGGACAAAUGCUGAGGUGGAUUGAUGGUUGACAAGUUUCGUGGUUAAUAUAUGAUAGACUCGUCACGUGUUAUCAGCGCGCGCAUCGACUGGCAACUGCAGCAACUUUCAACGGGUACUCUGCGCGUGAAAGGGCAAUACUUGCGACCGACGAGCUUCAGUGGUAGCCACGUCUCCCCGUAGGAGUCAGGGUGGACGGUCGCGUUCCUUCACCGAGUGAUGUCCCUUAUUAGCCCGAGGUAGACCAGGCCGUUUUACGUGCGCGUGAGUUGAUUUAUGCUCCAUCUCUUCCGCGAGGAACAAUCGGGCGAAGAAAGCACUUAGUGCAUGUCAGCCGUAACAAAAGAUGAUUGGUGCUGAUGGAACGAGUCGUGCGACCACGUUCACUUGUUGAGCUACCCAAGCGACAGCAUUAUAAAUCGAGAGUGAAAUAGGAAGGAAGUACCCUUCAGAAUUUUGUCGGGUUAGAAUUAGCCCGUGCCGGUGCUUUAUGUACUUGUGCUGUGAGGAGCGGCAUUAAAGGAAAGGAACAUACUCAAUUUUCAAGAGAGUUGGCCAACAUGCUUCAAGAUGGAUCUCAACUAUCACACGGGCCGCUCUCAUCCUCGACUGUUUUCAGUGUCGGUGCUGGUCACGUUCUUUGCACUGAGUUUCCACAUUCUUCUUUCCGCCCAUGGAGCUGAUCAUGUGACUGCGAUCGCGACGCCAGGGGGUCCGCUGCGAGGCGCCCAGCCCUUCCAUGGUGCCGGCGGCGUGCAGGACGAGGCCCGGACCAGCUUCACCAGGCGGGGGGACUUCAUCCUCGGGGGACUGUUUGAUAUCCACUCGGAGCAAGACGGCGAGUGUCAAGAGAUCAGCCCUCGUGGUCUGCAGUGGAUGUACGCUAUGGUCUACGCCAUCGAACUCAUCAAUGUGAGGCAGGACCUACUGCCUAAUGUUACUUUAGGAUUCCAGAUCAAGGACACCUGCGGCAACCCCAACGUAGCCGUGAGGUCAUCCUUAGACUUCAUAACCAGCUCGACCAGUCCCGGCGCCUGCUUGAACAACUCCGAGUCAGUCAGCGAGGAGGGCAGGCCCACAAACCUGGUAGCCGUCGUUGGCCCGGCUACCAGUAACGCUGCAGUGUCGGUGGCCAGUCUGUUUCAGCUGUUUAAGCUGCCGGAGAUUAUCUACUCGGCCACCAGCGAACUCCUCAGCGAAUCGCGUUACAGCUACUUCACUCGAGUAGUUCCCGGCGACAACCAUCAGGCGGCCGCCUUGGCCGACAUUGUGCACCACUUCGGCUGGCCCGUGGUGGCCACGAUCUACUCGGACGACCUGGCCUACGGGCUGAACGGGCAGAAGCGAUUCCUGGAUUUCGCAGCGAGGAAGGGCAUCUGCGUAUCGUACGAGGGUAAAAUCGGCAGCAGCAGCACUGCGGAGGACUUCCGUGAGAUUGUCAACGAUUUGAGAGGUUUCCCCAAAGUGAAAGCGAUAGUGGCCUUCGCUAACGAGUCUCCCAUGCUGAGGCUACUGGAGGUCUUCGCCGAGCAGAACGCCACCGGUUACACGUGGAUCGGCACGGACGGCUGGACCGCAUCGCCAGCCCUCACCGCCGACGACCGGCUCACCAGAGUCACUCAGGGCAUGCUUGGGCUCCGAUACAGCACGACAGAGGUUGACGGCUUUCUUGAGUUUCUCCGCGGCCUCUCUCCCUUGGUGGACACUGGAUACGAGGACCCAUUCCUCAUGGAGUACUGGGAGCGAGCCUUGGAGUGCCACCUUCUUGAAAUUCCACAACAUUUGCGAGAUUUUGCGAGGUUCCGCAAAAUUUGCAACAUGAACGAGACUUUACCUGAGAGUGAUGCUUUUUUCGCGGGCAGGUUUGUCUCCACCAUCUUGGAUGCGGUGGAAGUGGUCGCUAUGGCUUUGCACGUGGCCUUAAACUGCGACGAGGGAGGCUGCAAGACGUCUAAAUAUCUUGACAGCGAUGAAAUUUUGGCUUUGAUGAAAAACGUCAGUUUUGUUGGUACCUCUGGUUACAGGAUCGAAUUCUCAGAUGGAGGGAAUCUGGAAUCAGGUGCCUUUUACGAUGUGUAUAAUCUGAAGCCUGUGACCACGUGUGCAAGUCAAAGGAUAGUAGAAGAAAUUGGCCUGUGGAAUCAAAAAGAAGGAUUAACGGUUGGUGGCAACAUAAGCUGGUACAGCGACGACUCCUGUUCCAGAGGAGCCAUCCCGUCAUCCAUUUGUAGUGCCUCCUGCCGGCCAGGGCAGCGCCAACUUCCCAAGGGGCUCUCAGAGUGCUGCUGGGUGUGCGUGGCCUGCCAGGGAAAUCUCUACAGCGACCGAGAGGACGCCCUCACCUGCUCCAAUUGCUCCAGCGAGAUGAUUGUCAACGCGGACCGGACGGGUUGCGACAAGCUGCCGGAUCACUACUUCACGCCGAGCAGUUCCCUCGGGAUCGCCCUCAUCACCCUCUCCGUCCCGGGGAUACUCCUCACAGUAAUCAUGGGCGCCAUCUUUAGGCGCCGGCGCCACGCCCAGGUAGUGGUGCGAGCGUGCGCGGGACACAGCUACGCUAUCUUGUUUUGCGCCCUCGUCUGUUUUGCGUUCUCCUGGCUGCCCUUCCUACGUGCCGAUGAUGUUGUCUGUGCCGUCAAGGCCUGCCUGCAGCUCUUGCCCGUAACCCUCCUUCAAGGUAUGCUCUUUUUAACGGCCUACGUCACUAAAAAGGGUCGAAGGUUCGUCACGAACUGGACAAGGUUCUUAUUAGGAGCCGGCACCUGUGCUCUGUUUUGUGUAUUCGUUGCUAUUUGGUUUGCAGUGGAUCUCCCAAGGCCGUCCAGAAUACCGGAUACAGCUGCGCGUUUUGUGUACGUCGAUUGCCAGGAUGGUGAGAUUUUUGCCCUGACUUUGUCUUUCAUGUACAGCCUCAUGCUGGACGUGGCCGGUCUGUGCCUUGCCUACAGAGCGAGGAAUAAGGAGGAAAACUUCAGAGAGGGCAAGUUCGUCUUUUUCGCCUUCAUUGUCCACAUCAUGAUCUGGUUGACCACGCUUGGGAUUUACCUUGCUGUGGGAAGCGGGAAGCAUCUCCAAGCUUUUAUUCUUGCCAUUGGGGGGACAUUCAGCGGUUACAUACCCCUGUUUAUGCUUUUUGUGCCUAAACUUUACCUCAUGAGGACGAAACCGUACGCAAACGAAAAGAUGGACGCCAGAGCGAAAAGAAAGAUCAAGGGCCCGAGAAGCUUGCAAAAAAAAAUCAGAAAAUCUAGAUUAUCGUCAGAGGUUCUCUCGGCGCGAAGGGCGCUGCUGAGCAACUGUCGCAGAGCUCUGGACUCUAUCAUGGGCGAGAGGACGCAGAGCAUUCGGUCUGUCAAGUUCUUUUUGCAAAGGAUGGAGGAAUUGAAAUCAAGACAUCAGAAAAUUCUGGAAGCGAAGAAAUCUCUGUUGAGUGACGUCAAGAGGAGGAAAAUUCAUCUGGUCAUUUCCUCCCCAAAACUGCCGUCAACAUCUCUCUGAUCCUUUCCCAUUCCGACAUGUUUUUUUCAACAACUCACUCUAUGUUGAUAUACGGCACCCAGCAUCGUCUUUACUCCUCUUUCGCCAAAUAAUUCUUAACCGUGUCAGUACUUUGAAGAACAGCGUUUUAAAAUGAAAUACUUGAAAAGAUUGCGAUGAAGGGAUUUUUGACUGUUCAAAAAUAUUUAUUGGAUGCAUUUGAUAUCUUGUGAGAUUUUAUCCGUCCAUUUUGAUAUGAAUGGUAGCACAGAAAAUGUCCAUUUCUGUGACCAUGGUUGCGGCUUUGGGCAUUUUAUGCUAAACAAUCAGUGAUCACCCAAUGCCAUGGUCACAUUAGUCCUUUUGGAAACAACUUCAAGUUGAAGCGUAAUGGUUAAAGAAAAAUACUGCAUAGGUCCUAGCCUUGCCAGGUUGCCAGGCAAUGCCGAAUGCCCGUUGGGAGCAAGUUUGUGUCAAGACGUUCCACUGGUCUCACCAGGUGCCCAAGCCGUGCUUUGCCUACAGGUUACCAGGGAAAUUUAAUCGACCACUGGUCGUCGUACGAACUCGCUCUGUGCUUAAAGUUCGCAAUGUACGCAUGGUAACGUUUCUGAGAAUGCAUAUCUGACGGGAUUUAAUUUUUUAAUACUAAUAUCACCUUCCAAAAUGAUGCCCGCACAGUUUCAUCCUUGUGCAAUCGCCAUCAAAGUAUUCUUACCUGUCACAGGUAUCCUUAGCAUUGAACCUGAACAAUCAAUUUUACCUUUUCUGGGGAGAUUUUUCACAGAACAUCCAACGCUAUUGGGGUUUUUAAAACUGCCUUUUUUUAGAUCGAACACACGCAGCAAUAUAUUCUCUGUUUUCCAAUUCGUUUUUGAUCAGUGUAUCAUAAUCUAUAUAUAGCAAGUUUGUAACAAGAUUAAAAGAAAUGUGAUUGUUUCAAAUCUCUCAACUUCUGGGUGUUUUGCCGACGUUGGUUUUAGUGUCGCAUCUGCUUUGAGCAGAGCCACCCCCUCGUCCGUUGAAAAGAGAUCGGUGGGAGCGUUCAUUACGUUGGUAUCGAUGCAACCUACCGUGAGGAGCGCUUUUCAUAAUGAUCGUUCUAAACAACGGCGCCUCCGUUGCUAGGGAAAUUGCUCCCUCUCUUGGCA